CCUUUUCGCCCCUUUGCAGAAUUUACAACAUAGCUAUAAACGACAGUGGGAGUUGUUGCAAUAACCCUGGUGUAGAGCUCGGCUGUGAAAUCAGCAGAGGCUUCAGUAGCGGCACUGACAUCUUCAAGUUCUGUCCGUCGAGAUCACCUGAGACGUUCAGUGAUUGCUAUCUAACCACAGAGAGUCCAUGGUAUGCGCACUGUUAACCAGGCAGUAUGAAACCGUGAAUUGUCAUAUCCAUGGAUACAGCUGGCAGUGAUUUUCUACUGUAGUGGCAGCACUUUACUCCACAGAAAUCAGUCAUAAUGUCUAAAAAAAUCCAUGGAGGACCUGUUGUUGAGAUGCAGGGUGACGAAAUGACCCGUGUGAUAUGGGAGCUGAUUAAGGAAAAGUUGAUCUUUCCCUAUGUGGAUCUGGAUCUCCACAGCUAUGAUUUGGGCAUAGAGAACCGUGAUGCAACAGAAGACAAGGUCACAGUGGAAGCUGCAGAAGCUAUCAAGAAAUACAAUGUAGGAAUCAAGUGUGCCACUAUCACUCCCGAUGAGAAAAGGGUAGAAGAAUUCAAGCUGAAGCAGAUGUGGAAAUCUCCAAAUGGAACAAUCCGAAACAUUCUUGGGGGCACGGUGUUCAGGGAAGCCAUUAUCUGUAAAAACAUCCCCCGACUAGUAUCCGGAUGGGUAAAGCCCAUCAUCAUUGGCCGUCAUGCUUAUGGAGACCAGUAUAGAGCCACAGACUUUGUCAUUCCUGGCCCUGGAAAGGUAGAAAUGACCUACACACCAAAGAAUGGAGGCAAACCUGUAACUUAUUUGGUCCAUAAUUUUGAAAACUGUGGAGGUGUGGCUCUGGGAAUGUACAACCUCGACCAGUCCAUCAGGGACUUUGCCCACAGUUCUUUCCAGAUGGCAUUGUCUAAAGCCUGGCCUCUUUACAUGAGCACGAAAAAUACCAUUUUGAAGCAAUAUGAUGGGCGUUUUAAGGACAUCUUUCAGGAAAUCUAUGAGAAGGAGUACAAGUCACAGUUUGAAGCCAAAAACAUCUGGUACGAGCAUCGGCUGAUUGAUGACAUGGUGGCCCAAGCUCUAAAAUCUGAGGGAGGGUUUAUCUGGGCCUGCAAGAACUAUGACGGCGAUGUGCAGUCUGACUCAGUGGCACAAGGUUAUGGCUCCUUGGGAAUGAUGACAAGCGUCCUGAUAUGCCCAGAUGGCAAAACUGUUGAAGCUGAAGCUGCUCAUGGUACAGUGACUCGUCACUAUCGCUUGUACCAGAAAGGUCAAGAAACCUCCACUAACCCCAUUGCAUCCAUAUUUGCCUGGACUAGAGGUCUAGCUCACAGAGCAAAGUUAGAUGACAACCCAGAACUUAGGAACUUUGCUUCUGCCGUGGAGGAUGUCUGUGUAGAGACCAUUGAAGCUGGCUUUAUGACAAAAGAUCUGUCUGCUUGUAUUAAAGGGCUACCUAACGUGAAGCGCUCUGACUACUUGAGCACAUUUGACUUUAUGGAUAAACUUGCUGAAAACCUGAAGGCAAAACUAUCAUCCCAGCCAAGACUUUAAACAGCGGGCCUCAAGCAUUGCUCUGGAAAGAAGGCUGCCUGCCUGGUGAAUGAAUCGCACUAUUGUGUAGUAUAUAGCACUUCCUAAAAAAUGAGUAGAAAUCAAUGUAAAAGUAGAAACAUGUUCAGAUUCUCUCAAACCCCUACAUUCAAGUGGCUUACUAUAUUCUCAUGUUAUUUUUAAAGGAAUACAGGGCAGGCUUGAUGGCUGCAUCUAUGAAUUAAGCUGUUGGCCUUCUUGCCAGCCAAAACCUCCAGAGUAAUAAACACUUUUUGGGGAAUGGGGGUGAGUUGAUGUUCUACAACGAAUGGUUUAAAUAACCAUCAGGUUUUGUUUUCUGGCUGGCUAUAAGGCCCUUGCUGAAGUAGAUAAAGCACUGCAAAAGAUUCUUAACCUAAUGAAAAUGGACCAACGCUGCAAUCCUGACCCCUACUUGCCUGAGAGUAAGCCCCAUUGAAUUAAAUAGGACUUACUUCUGAGCAGACAUCGUUAGAAUUGUGCUGUAGAACCUUCUACAACCAAGGUUGUAAUAGUAUUUUACUAACUAAUGUUAGGGCUGUGAAUCUUUGCCAUGAUUCAGCAGGACAAAGACCUGGACAAAUAGAGUGCAGUCCUUUUCUUUCCUUAUGUGAAGUAGCCAAGUUGAAGUGCAGAAAUAAUUUACUCCUGCAUUCAGGUCAGGUGUAGUUUCUAAGUCUUUCAGAUAUAUAUUAAGGGUGCAGUUUUUCAAGCCGCUUGACAUCAGCCAUUUUGAACAUUCUUUCUCUAAUGUUGGAACACAACACAGUGUGUCAAUAAACACUGCCCCAUCUAUAACUCCUGCUGGGUUUUUUGGAAACGGGAUGGAGGAUAUUAAGCUUAAAUAAAGCACUAAUAUAUUA